AUGCAUGCAAAAGCAAAAAUCAAGGGUGCAUAUGAACAAGCAAGUCAAAUUGAUCGAGCAUGCAAGCUUAAUACUUUUAAGUCACCUCCUAAGCUAAAAGACCCUGGCGCUCCAACCAUUUCAUGUGUAAUCGAUAAUUACACAAUUGAUAGGACCCUCUUGGACUUAGGAGCAAGCGUGAACCUUCUACCAUACUUGAUUUUCAAGCAAUUUAAUCUAGGAGAGCUGAAGCCCACCCCUGUAACAUUAAGCUUUGUUGAUCGUUCAGUGAAAAAACCCCAAGGUGUAAUAGAGGACAUCUUAGUUAAGUUUGACAAGUUUUACUAUCUUGUUGACUUCAUAGUCUUAGAUAUGGAACCCGCUGACCCAACUAAAGACCAGAUCCCCGUCUUGUUAGGACGACCCUUUUUGGCCACAGCAAAUGCCUACUCGUCUCUACCACAGUGGCUUUAUCCAUUAACUCCAAGAAAUCCUGCACCAGAAAUGCCACCACUUGAUUGUACAAAUUCCCCAUCCUCCUUUGCGGACUCCUCUUCAUCUUCUGAUCAUGUGGACCCUGUAUCUUCUCAUUAUCCAAUGAGACUUUGUAAGCCUCCUUCUCAUCUUGAUUCAUAUGUUCUUGCGUCUAAUUCUUGUUAUUCUCCUAGUUUUGCUACUUUUUUAGUUUCUCUUCAAUCCCAUUGUCAUCUUUCUUCCUAUAAGGAGGCAACUCUUGACCCUAUUUGGCAACAGACUAUGAAUGAAGAACUUGCUGCUUUAUAUAAGACUGACACAUAG